AUGAAAUACUGCUUUGCUGCAUAUCCCUAUGCUGGGAAGCACGUUAAUGAAAAGAACCAUAACAGUGGCACUGAAAUAGUUAGAAGAUUAAUUGAAAUGUCUAACUUGAAUCAAUCUGGAAGGAAUGUUACCAUGGACAGAAAUGAUGAUGACACUUUAGCCAGAUAUGUGCCUAAGAAAGGAAAGGUUGUUACAGUCUUGUCAACCCAACAUCAUGAUAUGACUGUGAUGGAAGAGAAGCCAGACAUCAUCCUAUUCUACAAUUGUACAAAGUCAGGAGUGGAUACAUUCGAUAAGCGUCAUACAAUUCAUGUGUGUAUUUCAAGAUACACACAAGGAAUGGACAAGGAAUUACCCAACAAAGAGUUCUGGAUGAAAGAAGUACCUGAAACAUCUUGCUCGUGA